GUAGAAAUGGAGGUUUAGCUCUCCUCUGGAACGGUGGUAUUGAUGUUGAAGUUGUAGGCUAUUCGAACCAUUUUAUAGACACGGUGGUCUCGCAACAUGGGGUUGGGUCGUAGUGGCAUUUCACGGGCUAUUAUGGCCAUCCCGAGAGGUCGCGACGGCAUUUCUCUUGGGCUCUCCUAAGGUAUUUGUCUACUCUAAAUUCUUUGCCUUGGCUCUUAAUGGAGGAUUUUAAUGAUAUUAUGUGGGCAAGGGAGAAGAGUGGGCGGCUUCCUCAUCCUAAGUGGUUGAGGAGGGGUUUCUGUGAGGCUGUGACUGAGAGUGGUUUGCAUGAUUUUGAGUUUGAGGGAUGUCAAUUUACUUGGGAGAGAGAUAGGGGAUCUCAAAAUUGGGUUAGGGAAAAGCUGGAUAAGGUAUUGGUGAACGGGUUGUAGCGUGAGAUGUUUCCGUCGGCUCGGGCAUGGGCGGUAGACGGGAGGUGUAGUGACCAUCUCCCUUUGUUCUUACAACUUCAUUCAUUAGGUCGUAAGAGCUUUGUACGGGGGCUUAGAUAUGAGAAUUCUUGGGGAAAAUUGGAUGAGUGCAAGGGUAUUGUGGAGGGGUUUUGGUCUCGUACCUCGAGUGUUCCUAUUGGGACUCAGUUGGGGCAGUGUGGGAGAGCCGUUUGGAGUUGGGGUAGAGGGCGGAGGAAAAAUGAGAGUGAGAGUUUGCAGUACUGUCAGCGGCACUUGACUACCCUGCGAAAUCUUAGUGAUGAGGAGAGUGUGAGGGAGUUUGGUGAUGCUCAAAGGCAGUACAUGACUUUAGUUCAGAAUCAGAGUGAUCGUUAUAGACAAAGGGCAAAGGAGAUGUGGUAUGUUGGAGGCGAUAGUAAUACUCGCUUCUUCCAUAAUUCUGUUAAUUGUCGAAGGAAGAAGAAUCAUAUCCAUUCUCUAAGAAACUCCAGAGGGGAUGUUGUGACUGAUGAAAGUGCAAAGGGAGAAAUUAUGGUCGAUUACAUACUUCGUUCACUGCAGACGGAUAUUACUUCGGUCGAGGUUCGUGCCGCACUGUAUGCCAUGCAUCCUAACAAGUCCUCGGGUCCUGAUGGCCUCUCUCCGGCGUUCUUCCAAACCCAUUGGGACGUGGUGGGAGAUGAGGUAGUUUCUUUCUGCCAAUCUUUUCUUGUUAAUGGUCAUAUGCCUGAGUCUAUAUUCCAAACCCAUUGGGACGUGGUGGGAGAUGAGGGGAAUGGUCGACGUACUGGGCAUCCUUUGAAUUGUGGCCUUUGGUCACCUCCUCCUGUGGGUUAUUUGAGAGUAAACAUUGAUGAUGCUCUUGACUUUGCCCACCGAAGGACCAGCUUGGGUUGGGUCAUGCGGACUGCUGAAGGGGUUGUCAUAGGAGUAGUCAUGAAGAGGAUUGAAGGGCUCUUAGCAGUUCGUGAAGCUGAAGCUAUGGGUGCCCGAGAAGCUCUAAGUUGGUUAAAAGGAAAAGGAUGGAAUCAGGUGAUCAUUGAGUCGGAUGCUCAAGUCGUUACGGAUGGGGUCUCUCGGGGUGGCAAUGGAUCUCCUUACGGUGCUGUAUUACAAGAGAUCCGGGUGCUAAUGGAUCAAUUUGAGUCUGCUUCUCUCUGGUUUGUACGUCGUGAACUAAAUAUGCCGGCUCACGUUGUAGCAAAGAAGUCCCUGUAUAAUUCUAGCGAUGUGUUGGCUGAGUAUUGUGAUUUUAUUCCUCACUAGUUUUCGAACAUGUUUGCUAUGACUGGUUGAUCUGCAUUUUAAUGAAAGUUGUUUGGUUUUCAAAAAAAAAAA